AUGUACAUUCCUUAUUAUGCAGAUCUUAUGUCUAUGAAUCAAGAUUACAACGAUACAUUUAUGUCUAUUUACAGAUUACACACAUCCGAUGAACAUGAAAUCGACAUUAUUUUUGAAAAGAUCAAACGAAAUUUAGUUGAACCCAAAAUAUUUUCACCGACAGAUAUUAUGGCGACCAUUUCAAACAUAUCUAAAUACAAUAACCGCUAUUACAAGUCAUAUUAUUCUUUAUUUAAAAAACUUUAUGAAGAAUAUCGUCCAACAAAAGUCCCCGACAUAACUUUUGCAUUCGAUUACUUUGCAUAUAAAGACUAUGGUGUUAUUCUUGAAAAAUAUAAAGAUUUGAAUACAGAUUUCAAGUGGUUUGAAAGUGAUCAAGUCAGUUUAGAUAUUCAUGAAGACAACACUAUUUACCGAUCAAUCAUUAAUGACGACGUUGACUCACUUAUCACAUUCACACGUAAAUUUUGGUUUAAUUCUAAACAACUAUUAUCUAGUGACUUUUAUCCAACAUCACCUUUAUCACUUCUUGAAAUUUGCUGCAACUACGGCUCAAUUCGUUGUUUUACAUUUCUUCGCACUAAAUUCAAAUCAUAA